AUGGCAGUAGACAUUAGAAGAUGGGUAACUUGUGGCCAUGAAGAAGAAAAAGAAGGUCCCACCAUGGCUAGAAUAACACAGCGACUGGACAAGCAGUCUGAGGCACAGCUCUUUGAGUUCUUUACAGGCCACGUGAAGUUCAGUUUGCUCCACAAGGCCAGUGUCCAUGGGUUCAGUGUCAGCCAAAUACAGGAGAAGUGUGCCAAGCAAGGUCACAUCAUGCUGGUAGCCUACCAGGCGAAUGACAUCAUUGUGGGGGUCUACAGCAGCAAGGGGCUGGUGGAUUCCUCAUACACUGGAUACCUCGGUCCUUUGCUGCCCUUCCCCUGGCAAGAGCUUAUCUGGACUACACAGAAGAGGAGUCAAAUGAGGGACAGCAUCGUCUCCUACAAGCCACCCACCAACUUGGUCACCAAGACGCGUGUGCUUCUUGUGGGUCUGGUGGGGGCAGGCAAGUCCAGCUUCAUCAGCUCCAUCUACUCUGUACUGGAAGGCGCUGUUACCUGUCAGACGAUAGUCGGCACGGAGAAGGCUCAGAGUUUCACCACAAAGUUUACAUCAUACAACAUCAAAGCUGUCCGAGGUGGAGAGGCGACCUCUUUAGUUUUGUGCGACAUGAUGGGGAUGGGAGAUGCGGAAGUGCAGGGCGUGAAUGUGAAGGAUGUGCUGGAGGUGAUCAAGGGACACGUACCAGAGAGGUACAAGUUCAAUCCAUCAAAAGCCAUUUCUCAGGACUCCACAGGCUACGUCAGUGAACCAACAUUGAAACAUAAAAUUGCUUGCGUGGUUUUUGUGUUCAGCGCCAAAGACUUGAAUGGCUACUCUAAAACUCUCCUGGAUAACCUGAAGGAGCUGCAGCUGCAUAUCAGAGACCUUGGUGUCCCACUUGUUGCCGUUUUGACUCACACCGAUGAAGUCUGCCAUGUCGUUGACCAAAAUGCAAGUAUGAUGUACUUUAGCAGUCACGUCCAGGACAAGGUGCACACUGUUGUUAAUCUGUUCGGCCUGCCCUUGUCCUGCAUCUUCCCAGUGAAAAACUACUCAUCCAAGCUGAUGUUGGACUGCAACACUGACAUCCUCAUCUUCAACGCUCUGGAGUUCAUCCUGCGAUACACUGACUUGUUUUAUGAGGACUGUGAGGUCUUCAUGGCUGAUAAGUCAUAAGAGCUUAAGAUGAUGACUCCCUGUCGACUGCUGAUUGAUCAGACACUUUUAUUUGUGAACUGUCUGAACAAGUCCAUAAUAAAUCAUGACACGCUCCCACAAGGGUGUCAUUCUCAAGGUGCCCAUUCCAAGCCUACUAACAAAGUUCAUUGCAUUUUUCAUUCCAACAAACGUCACUUGCAACCCACUCUAUAACCUAAUAAUGGAAAUCAUAAAUACAAAAAAAAAGAUAGGAAAUAAAAAUGACUGAUAGAACAAGGACUAAUCCCAUUGGAACCCACUGACUGUCACACUGGUGGUAUGAUGGCAAGGGUCUAAAAUUCGGGUAACUGUGAGGACAGUGAUGCCUCUUAAUUGCUGUUAGUAGAAUUUUUAUUUUUUUAACUUUACACCAUUUGUUUUUCUCUUAUUUAGCUACCCUAAUGAGGGCAGACCACCAGAAUGUAUAAUGGAUCUAUCUAUCUAUCUAUCUAUCUAUCUAUCUAUCUAUCUAUCUAUCUAUCUAUCUAUCUAUCUAUCUAUCUAUCGAUCGAUCGAUCGAUCUAUCGAUCGAUCUAUCU